AUGAGGAGUCACACCAAAAUCGCUCCUAAACGGAAAACUCAAGGGCGCCCGUCUCACGUAAAGAUCGACGUGCAAGGCUUGUUUGCAGAUGAAAAUGGGUUGAAAAUAGUUGAAAGCUUGUUAUCGUCAGUGGACCCUUCUAAGAUAACACCAGCAUAUUCUUUAAAAAUCAUCUCAAAACUCUCUGAUCUGGUAAAUCAUGGUAAAGUUAAAAUUACUGACUUUGACCAAGAUGAUAGGUACAAAGCUCUUUGCUCUCAGCUUUCUACAAAACCACGAAAAAAGUCUGUUGGGAAGCUGACAGAUACUGUAGAACAAGAAAUACAAAAUUCGAACCAGCAACUUUAUGAAAAAAAGUUAGGGUUUUUCUUCGACAUGAACGAGAUCCAGAAAAUUGCCGAGAAAUCGAACAUGUCAAUUAAUCAUGCAGUUCAGAUCAUGUCAAAAUUAGCGUUCCAUAAAUCGAGGGUUGUGCCAGUGCUGCAGUCUUUGGCAAAUCAUAUUGUUCAAAGCAAUCGGGAGAUCAAUAUCAAAAUAGCAUCUGAUAUUCUCUAUAACAUGGCUGUCUUGAAUUUUUACGAUGAGGUUUUAAUCGAAAAAAUAGCUUCAGGUCUAGUUUCUCAGAUAUCAAAAACUGAUAAAAAACACAGUGCUGUGAUUGGUUCACUUUCGAAAUCGAUUGGAAUUCUAAGGUACAGAAAUGAAAAUCUUUUAAUUCAAUUAACUGCGUGGAUGUUAGAAAAUUCGAAAUCCGCUAGGCCACAGGAAAUUUGUUCUUUCCUUGUAACGUUAGCAGUAGUAGGUUACAGCCCUUUAACCGAAACGGACAAACUGAAGGAAUUUGCUGAUAAUUUGAAAGAGUCUGACAUGGUUGGGGCAGAGGAUUGGUUGGAUGUUGUCUGGGCGCUGGUCGUUUUAAACCUGGCAAAUGAAGCCCAAGUGUUGUCAGUGCUAGACAAAAAUUUUCUAUCAAGAUUAUCUGAUGUACAAAAAGUCUCCGAAUCGAAGAAACGAAAGUUAUUAAAUAUAUUGUCAGUGGCAAAAUUGAUUUUCAAGCAGGAUACAGGUCAGUUCUUCGAAGAAAAUGCAUGGGUUCUUGAAGUAACCUUAGAGAGAAGUAAAGAAAAACUGGAAUUUGUAAAAGCAAUCAUAACUUCCUUACAUGCAUUAUUACCAACCAAUGGAUGUUUGAAAACUAACGUCAAUACCGGAAUGGGAUUUGCGUUAGAUGCCGAAUUCUAUGUAGAUAAGAAGUGCAACCCAGUACUUGUCAAUCAAAUCGAGUCUAAGGAAAAACAAGCCUUGAGGCUAGGGGUAGUACCACAAAGUUAUUACGACUUUUGUCGUGGAGAUGAACAGAUUAUAGGACCAGUUCUUUUCCAUUGCGAACUUCUGAGACUUUCGGGUUAUCACGUUAUUUCUAUUCCCUACACAGAAUUUGAAUUAGACCGAAAAGUUGUUGAACGCGUCAAAUAUCUUAGAGAUAAAAUUAAAGCAACUGUAGAGCAGUGUUCUGUUUAAUUUAAAAUUUUUAAAGUGUUAUUAAAUACUGUACAAUUAAUAAAAGGUCCUACAAAUAUUUAUAA